AACGGCUCCGACGGGAAGGUAGGACGGACUAGUGCCGAUCCAUUGCCUAGGUAAUUGCUAGGAACUGUAAAUUGAGGAGCUGUUAGUUUUCAUUCUUCGCCUUAUCAGAAUAUCAGCACUGAGCACUUUUUUCGCAAUGACUGGGCAUUCCCAAUUCCCUCAUAUUAGGUAAAAUGAAUUUACAUAUUUGUGACAUGCUUGGCUGAUAACAAAGAUCUCGCCACCCGGUAGCCCCUCAUUCCCUCAGAAUAAUACUGGCUGCUAAAAAUACUACGAUACUAUUAUUCCGCCUAGGUCUCGACAUGUGAAAGCUAUUCUGUGCUAUUGGAGCUUUCGGGAUCGAAGACGUCGAGACAGAGUUUGUUACAACACACCCUUUCAACGUCGAGGCCAUGGAUAUAGUGCCUUAGCUUCGAGUUUCUUCGUGCUCAAUUAUAUCUUUCGCGCCGCCUCCAAUCUCUCCUCUUCUCGUGUUACCGUCAGCCGGCACUUAAAACUAUCAUUUUCUUUCCCUUCAACACUAAAGUCGAAUGUAAUAGGGACAAUCAGGUAGUCCUAAACAUUCGAUGACCAUGUGAACCGACAAGCUUGUCGAUUCAUUGACCAGCCUUUGAGUGAUGCAAAUAGUACUGUCUUAACGGACAAUUCGGGGACUUCCGAUGGCACUCUUCAAUCCUUUUCAAGUCGUCAUAUUUCCAUUUCUCUUCCUCGUCGCUCUUCCGCUCGCCCUAUGCGCCGGGCUCACGACCAUCCUAGCUUUUAUGGUCUUAUUCCUGCGUCUAUUUCUCGUUUACUUUGAUGUUGGGCUAGAAACCGUGCGCUAUAUAUUGGUUGGUCAUGCCGCGCAUACCCGUUCUGUAACAGCACGACAGGCUUCUUCGAUCCCGCAGCCACUCCCGCUAGACCAUUCUUUAUCAUCCUCGCCGGAGCCCCGGCAUCGUCGUCGACGUAAGACACAGGGUAGCACUAGCAGUGGUUCUAUCACGCCCGUUAAUAGUCUCGAUGGAUUUGCUCUAACACCCACCAUUGGUGUAGAGAGGGAUUUCGAGGGAGUAGGUGGAUGGAGAUUAGACAGCGUGGACGUGGACGCCGAUGCUGCCGACGAUCGCCAAUGGUACAAUCUUAACUCGCGACUUGAUCUAUUGGACCGUCGUCAUCAUUUCAGAUCACAAAGUGGAGGUGCUGUGUCAGGAACAAAUGGGCUAGGUCUUUAUGUGAAAGGCCCCAACACGAGCGCAGCUUUCAACUCAGAGGGACCAAGAAUAUACACGUCGCCUAACAGUUCGAGGUCAAGGACACCAACGAGUAGCAGGCCACGCGGCUUUACGAAACUUGAUGGGGAUGAGUAUUUCCCAACGCUGGAAGGGAAAUAUAUGAAGAAUGGUCGAGUGUAGGAUAAAACGAAUAAAUGCAGGAGAAUGCUUUUUGUGAUCAUUAUGUUGCCUGAUAAGGAGUAUUUGGUUGGUACUUGAUUGUAGGACAGUGUAUCAUUGGGUUAGCGUCGAGGUUUCUUGGGUACGUAUAUCGGAUUCAGGAGUGUGGUCAAGGUCAAAACUUAUGAACAAUGGUUGGGUUUGUUUAAGGGGUUCAAAACACUGACAUCGCAUUUAAGAUGAUCUUGGCAAUGAAGUUGAUUUCUGGAGAUAGUUAUCCUGAAAUUUGAAACAGUGGUAUUCUAACAACAAAAG